AUGUUAAAACGAGAUGAACAGGAUUUUGCGAAUAAAGUGAUGCAGGAGAUAGAUAAUAAGAAAAUUUCAAUCAUGUUCCAGAAACCUGUCGAUCCAGAUCGUGAUAAUUGUCCAGAUUAUGACGAAGUUAUCAAAAAUCCAAUGUGCUUAGAUGUUGUAAAACAAAAACUUGCUGCAAACAAGUAUAAUACGUUUUCUGCAUGGAUUAGUGACGUAAAUUUGAUCUGGAAUAACGCACAAACAUAUAAUUCAAAAUAUUCAGCACUAUAUCUAAUGGCCAAAGAUAUUCAGCUUUGGUUUUGGAAAAGACUCGAGAGUGCUCCUAAAAAUGACAGCGGAAAAUGGCUAUCUAAAGUUCAAAAGGUUUUAACACAAAUUCAGAACGAUAUUGAACAAUAA